AUGUCAUUUGUGUUGUUGUCUGCUUAUUCAUCAGAUUAUUUUAGUCGCGUACAUCAACUGCCAGAAACAGAUCUCCAUCACCACCUUGGCGAUCUUCAACAUCCGCGCCGAGAGAUACCACGCCAAGCACGCUGUCACCCAUUGACAAGCACACACCCCUUUCGGCCGACCAACCGAGCCAAGUCCAGCACUCUCUCGCCUUCUGCGGCCUCAACCUCCGUCCUCACCACCCAAAACCUCCCAAGCCAAAAAGCGAGAAACCCCGUGAAGCACGUCGCAGCCGCUCAAAGAUCCCCCCCCAACUCUGCAACACCACCCAUCCCUGACUUCGCGUGUCUGAUUGGCUCCUCCAUCCCCUGA